AUGACACUUGGUAGAAUGAUAAUGCACUGGGCUUCCAUUGGGGCGUUAGCUGUACAAAUCCUUGGAACAGCAACUGCUGCAGUUACCAACCCCUCGCCGAAAUAUGUCAACUUUGACAUCAAAGGCUCAAAAUACUACCCCGGCGAAGUGAACUCCAAUCCUCUGAUUUCCAGGGAAUACGGGCUAUUUUCACGGUCUGUGAUAAAUGAAAGUGUCGGUACUGCUCUCAUGAACGAUUUUUCAUCGUACCUAGUGUCGGUAUCGAUUGGAACCCCUCCGCAAACCUUCGUGGCUGCAAUUGACACAGGAUCCUCCGACUUAUGGGUUAGUUCAUCCAAUAACCCGUAUUGUGCAGUGAACUCGACUGAAAUAAGACAGGGUCUACUCAAUUGUAGCAAUAGCAUCUUCGACCAAAACAGUUCUUCUACAUUCCAAGUGAACAAUUCUGACUUUCUCGUUAACUAUGCAGACUAUACCUUUGCUCAGGGUCUUUGGGGAUCCGAUGUUUUGGACCUUGGAGGCGCAGUACUUCAGAAUUCUACGUUUGCAGUGGCUCAAGAAGCCAACACAACAAGUACAUUUGGCAUUGGUUUCCCGGCUAUAGAGGGAACCGAAGGUAACGACACAUCAUCCAAUACCUACCAAAACAUUCCAAUGAUCCUCAAAAGCCAAGGAUUCAUAGAGAGCGUAGCUUAUUCCCUUUGGCUUAAUGACCUUAGAUCCAAGACGGGACAGCUUUUGUUUGGAGCUAUUGAUACUGCCAAAUUUCAUGGACCACUAUACACUGUUCCUUUAGUGUCAUCAAUUCUAAGCAUACAACACCCCUCUAGUAUGACAGUUGUUCUUAGUGGCUUGUCCUUGACAGGGUCGAAUGGGGACAACUCUUCGGUAACUUCAGGGUCCAUACUGGCAUUGCUAGACUCAGGUACAACUUAUACCUACCUUCCGAGUAAUAUAUUUGACUCAAUUUCCUUCAGUCUCAAUGCACAAUUGAACAAUGAGCUAGGAAUUUACCUUGUUCCGUGCUCUGUUCGAGAUGGUCAAAGUGCGCUUGUAUAUAGCUUCAGUGGAGCAAACAUCACUUCCAAUUUAUCCGAUAUUCUUGAAGAAGCCACCGACGGGAGCAACAAUGUAAUAACAGAUUCAAGUAAUAACCCACUUUGCGUCCUACCAAUUCUUCCAUCGGAUGAUAUGACAAUUUUAGGAGAUUCGUUUUUGAGGAGCGCAUAUGUUGUAUACGAUUUGGAGAACUUUGAGAUUUCGAUCGCCAACACCAAUUUCAACGCAAGUUCUAGCAGCAUAGAGACUAUUAACUCAGCAGUUCCAGGUGCGAUUAAAGCACCAAAUUAUAAUUCUACUGAAGUUGCGACUUCAGUUCAGGCUCUUACUGCCACGGCGUCCUUCUCAGGGGUGAAACUUAUCACAGCCACUCGUGAGUAUUUAGUAGAGAUCUGA